UGGCAGGAACUGAGGUGGAGGAAAAUGGGGCGUGGAACAUGAGAGUAACGGACAGAAAGGUCGAGCGACCAAGGCCAUCAUGUCGAUAGUGCACUCCUCAGUCCAUGCCAAGUGGAUCGUGGGCAGGGUGAUAGGAACAGCGAUGCAAAAGACGGCCAAAGUCCGAGUGACCAGACUCGUCCUCGACCCCUAUUUACUCAAGUACUUCAAUAAACGAAAAACAUACUUUGCUCACGACGCGUUGGAGCAGUGCACCGUUGGGGACAUCGUCCUUCUCAAGGCGUUACCCGUGCCCCGGUCCAAACACGUGAAACACGAACUGGCUGAGAUUGUCUUCAAAGUUGGAAGAGUCAUCGAUCCGGUGACAGGAAAGGCGUGUGCCGGGACCACAUACCUCGAAAGCCCCAUCGGUUCUGACGUAUCUCACCUGAGCAAAACGCUACAAGAGCUGGAUGUGUCUUCACCCUAGCCGCGCCAGGGCUGGAAGAAGCCUGGAGAAGGCAGCUUUCUAGACUAGGUCUGCUGGGACAUGGGGAGGAGGAGGAGGAGAUGAUCUGGUCAUCUGCCCCUGCAUCAGGCUAAAUUCCUCAGAGAUAAUUGGAGCUUUUUGUUUUCCAGUGGCCCUAAACUCUGGGGCCACCAAGGAUAAGGUUUGGAACGGCUGCCUGAAACCGUGAACGCAAAACUGUCCCGUUAAAGGGCAUAGCGACAGGGGCUGGUAUCUCUUACCCUCCAGAGUAAGAAGUCUUUGAACUCACCCCAGUAGCCUUCUUAUCGGGAGAAAACAAUCAGCUGCCUGUUUGUACACUCUAAAUUUUUGAUUGUGUCACCGUGAACACCUGAAAAUGCCAUAUUGAAAUUUGCAUGAGAAAUGCCCAUUUCUACUGUAAUCAAAAUCAGACAAAGCUAAGUAAACAUUUUAAAGAUUUUUUUAAAUUUA